AUGGCUGGGAGAUCGGAAAGACCACCUUUUCGGAGAGGGAUUGCCCUCCCUCGUGCUCGUCCUCGUUCGCCGCAGCCUCGUCCUCGUUCGGUGGAACCGCUGGCUCUGCCUCCUCCUCGUCCGCCAGGUCCGCUUCCGGAAAGACCACCCUUUCUGAUAGGGAUUGCCCUCCCUCGUCCUCGUCUAGCUCAGCCUCGUCCUCCUAAGGUGGAGUCGCUGGCUCAUCCUUCACCUCCUCCGGCGCAGCCUGGUCCUCCUCAGGUGGAGCCGCUGGCUCAGCCUCCACCUCCUCUGCCACCUCCGCCGCAGCAUGGUCCUCCUCCGGUGGAGCAGCUGGCUCAACCUCCAUCUCCUCUACAAUCUCCGGCGCAGCCUGGUCCUCCGCAGCUGGCUCAACCUCCAUCUUCUCCGCCACCUCUGCUGCAGCCUGGUCAUCCUCCGGUAGCAGCUGCCCCAGCCUCCAUCUCCUCCGCCAUCUCCUGCGCAGCCUGGUCCUCCUCCGGUGGAGCAACUGGCUCAGCCUCCAUCUCCUCAGCCACCUCCUGCGCCACCUCCGGAGCAACCUGGUCCUCCUCCGGUGGAGCAGCUGGCUCAGCCUCCGACACCUCCGCCACAACUUGGUCCUCCUCCGGUGGAGAGCUGGCUCAGCCUCCACCUCCUCCGCCAUUUGCGGCGCAACCUGGUCCUCCUCCGGUGGAGCAACUGGCUCAGCCUCCAUCUUCUCCGCUACCUACGGAGCAGCCUGGUUCUCCUUCGGUGGAGCAUCUGGCUCAGCCUCCAUUUCCUCCGCCAUCUCCGGCGUAG